AUAACGUUGUGUCUUUCCGCGUGUCUUUAUAUUUGAAACAUUGUCUUUGGUUAAAAACGAAAGAAAAAUAAACGUGGUUUUCCUUUAGCGGCAAUAAAUGUUUUUUCUAACGAAUAUUCUAGAGUAAAAUCAAUAGCAUAUCAUUAGGUGCUUUUCUUUGGCAGCUGCUUUGGUUUUGGAAAUAAGAUAUGCCAUCGAAAAAAGGCCAAAAAGCCGCGGCCAAGGGUCCGUUCUACUUCUUCAUGAUGGAGUACAAGCGUAAGGAGGAGGCCACCGGUUUUCGCUUCACUGGUGGGAUGACUGAAGUAAUGCAACGGGCCGGUCCCCACUGGGAGAAGUUGGCACCCUAUGAACGCGAGCCAUACAAUGUUCAAGCGAAGAAAUACAAGGCGCACCCAACCGAUCUGCUCGGUGAACGUUACACAUCUCAAGGAAUCCCGUUCUCGCAAGUAGAGACGGCUGCACAAGCACGUCGAAAGCAAGAAAUGGAGACACAGAAGACCAUUGUUGAAAUAAUACAAACGGCCGUAAGCGCGAACUCACUGGAGCAGUUGGAAAUAUAUUUGAUUUCAUGUAAUUAUUUCUGUGUUACAACGUCGAACGAUUAUGUUCCGGCGGAAGUGGCUCUGGUCAAGUAUAGUUUAGAAAGAGGAAUUAUCGAUAAAAUGAAUAUUCUGGUCAACCCACAAGAACUGCCACUGGGAAUGGCGCACGAUGCUGAGUUGCACACAAAUGAGACUCAUCAGUUACCUCUACCGCCCGAUGCAAUUGGAGAAUCAGACUAUGAAAAAGUUUUAAAAAUGAUAUUCAAAUUCACGGAAGGUUCGUCGAGUAAGAAGCGUCUACCAUUGCUCUUUACUUAUAAUAAAGAUCAAGCAAUGGUUAGAAAUAUUCUUUUUGGACUACUGGAUGCGACUGGCAUUGACAACUUGGAGCCGAAAGUUUAUCCACUAGUCGAUUUAUUCUUUUAUCUAAAACAAGCAACCGAAAACUACGGGUUAGAUAUCUGCACUUUUCCUUCAGUGCAUAUGGCCAAGGCACUGCUGGAGAAAGAUGUAUAUGCCUACACGUUGGGUAUAGGCUGCGAAGUUCACGAAGGAUUGAACAAUUCUGUUCAAUGUGCACUCUCAAAAUGUGUUCGCUGGGCUUACACAAUUUCUGAUAGCUGCUGUUUGGAUAUGGGAAUUGAUAUGGAGGGAGGAAAGCAUCUUCCGGAAAAUAUGACUCUUCCGACUGAUGUAACUGAAACCGUUUCGUGUAUAUCUUCUCGAUUCAGCAAAACUGUUGUGCUUACGGAUUUAACUCGCAAUGGACCAUUGCGUCGUCCUCGAAGUUUAGAAAGAAAGGACGGUGAUAAGACAAACACUACGAUAUACAGCAGCCGAGUCGGUACAGCAGUUCAGACUACGGAUAAGUUUAAUAAUCCUCGCGAUUAUCCUACUAUCAGUGAAACCUUUAACACCACAAAUCCGUUCCGGAAUUUUAAUCCAGAUAAGGAGGAGAAAUUUAAAUCGAACGUCAAAGUUGAAGCAAUUCCAAAGAAGAAUCCAUGGUCUCGUGAGAUGAAACUGAACGAAGCACGUGUCCCGCUUGAGGAUCAAAUACCUGUAGUCGGACGGGGAAGAGGAACUCUAGCAACAUUGUCUGGUGGACGCGGAAAUUGCUUGAAAUCAUUUGCGUCCGUUCUGAGCCAUGGUCGGGGAAAUUUGAACUACUGACUUGGAAUGUCCAAAGGGGAUGUCAUACUACUAUGAUAAAUGUAUCGAUAAUAAGUGCUCUUCUGGAAUGUUGGAUGUUUAUCCCAGUUGAACUAAAUAUUACAUGAUAAAUGUAAUUUCUAUUUUACUACAUUGGUCAAGAGACAAUAAAGAAAAACGUUAAACCAUUUA